AUGGACAAAGGAAAGGCUAGGCAGAUCGACCCGGAUCGCGACGGCGUACCUCCUCGCGACCUGCUCCAAGACUCGCCGCUCACCUACAAUCAGCUCAUCUCGGGCAUCAUCGACUUUCUCGAGGUGGCCUUCCACACGAUCUUAUGCCUACGCUCCGUCUACCCAUUCGAUGUAUUCGCGCGGCGUAAAAAGUACAGCCACCCCUGCUAUCAGUCGCGCCAUCCCGGCCUGAACGAGUACAUCUCGCGCGUGCUCGCCGCGCUCCGGCGCGAGAUCGAACGGUCGAGCGUCAGCAAGGUCAUUCUCGUCGUUCGUCCCAACGUCGUGGCUGAUGCUCAAUGCGGUAACAACGCCAGUGAAUCGACGAAUGAAAGCGAUGCGAACGCAGCGGAUGCGUACGAGCGCUUCAUCUUCAGCCUGGACUACAUCCUCCCGUCAUCGGCAAUCGAUCUGCGCGAUAGAGAUCUUGCGAUCUCGAGCAAUGUCACGAGCGCCGAGCUCGAACUCAUCUUUCGCGGAUUCAUGCAGAAGCUCAUGGUCGUCGAUGGCAUCCUCUUUGACAUCCCACCUGCUCCUCCUUCCAAAGCUGGCGAUGGCCCCGACGCCAAUGCUGCCACCGAACUCACGUUUGCCAUUGUGCUCGAAAUGAACGACGAGGACACUUCUCCCACCGGAAAAGAUCGAAACGAGCCCAACACAGGCGACUGGAUCCCCGCCGAUAACGAGAAUCUGGGUCGAGGGCAGAGAACGCGCCAGCAAACGCCGGAAGGUGUCGAUGCGGUACCCAAGGUUCGGCCCAUCAAAACUCUCGACUCGGGAGUGAUCAACUUGAUGCUAUAUGUCGAGGAAGAUAUGCUAGCCAAGUCGGGUGGACCGAACGGUGAACAACGUCCGGCAAAGAAGCGUAGCGAGACUCGACCCACCUCCGCGCAGGUGUCUCGCCGGAGUGGCCAAGUCGAGGAGCAGCUGCUGCAUUCGAAAGCGACACAGAUCGACGUGUCUGCAGCCGGCCGUGCUGGGAUGCACGCGAGGGAGAUCAAGAACCGCGCACGUCGACUCGACGCCGAGCGCGACCUGGACCAGCCUGCACUUGCCGAGGCCGAAGCGGAACCCGACAUCGCGCAGGCCAAGAACAAGCGCAAGCGCGCACGCAUGGUGCUCGGCGAAACGCGCGCCGCCGAAUCCGACACCGAGUCCGACUCGUCUGCGCCGGACAGCCCCAGUGGCAGCAGUCAGAGCAUCCGCGACGACCACGGACACAACCUCAGCGGUGGCUUCUAG